GUGGCGAAACGGCGUCAACGCGCGUUUAAACCGUUUCUAUGAAGUCACGACGAAAAACUCUUCCUUCCUGCAUGGACAGCAUGGAGAGUUGGAUGUUAUUAAAUGCUAGUGGAUAGCUCACGUUAUUCUCAGUAUACAGGAACAGUGUACCUCUUCCGACUGACCUCCAUCUUUACUGCGCACUCCUCAUUCCUCAAGCUCCAGUAAGCUUAAAGAUUUAAAUGAGUGUUAUGACGAGCGAUCGGGACGUAGCGGCGGUGGGACGCAUCCUCGUGGAUGGCCAGCAGGAGCUUCCCGCUCGUUUCCGGGCUCUGUUCACGCUUCGGAACCUGGGCGGAGCCGAGGCGGUGAGAUGGAUCGGCGAGGCUUUCUCGGACGAGUCCGCGCUUCUCAAGCACGAGCUGGCGUACUGCCUGGGGCAGAUGCAGGACGAGCGGGCCAUUCCCGUCCUGGAGACGGUGCUGAGAGACACCGAGCAGGAACCGAUGGUCAGGCACGAAGCAGGUGAAGCUUUGGGAGCCAUUGGGAAUCCAAAAGUGUUGGAUUUACUGAAGCAGUACUCAGAGGACCCGGUCGUUGAGGUGGCAGAGACGUGUCAGCUGGCCGUCAGGAGGCUGGAGUGGCUGAUGAGUGGUGGCGAUGCUGAGAAAUCAGAGGCUGCAGACAGUAACCCUUACUGCUCGGUGGACCCCGCCCCUCCUGCACAGAGGAAGAGUGUUCCUGAGCUCAGGAUGCAGCUCCUGGACGAGAGCCUACCCCUGUUCGAGCGCUACAGAGCCAUGUUCGCUCUCAGGAACCUCAGCAGCGAGGAGGCCGUGCUCGCUCUAGGAGACGGCCUGCAGUGCGGCAGUGCUUUAUUCCGUCAUGAGAUCGGCUACGUGUUGGGACAGAUGCAGCACGAGGCGAGCAUCCCUCACCUGCGCGCCGCUCUGGAGAACGAGACCGAGAACGCCAUGGUGAGGCACGAGUGUGCCGAGGCGCUGGGAUCCAUCGGGCAGGACGCGUGUCUGUCCGUCCUGCAGCGGUACCGCGAGGACGGCGAGCGCGUGGUGAAGGAGAGCUGUGAGGUCGCGCUGGACAUGCUGGAGUACGAGAACAGCGCGCAGUUCCAGUACGCAGACGGACUGCUCCGAGUAAACGCUGCUCAGUGACGCCGAAUCAUUUAGGACUUCCGUCAUUACCCACGAUCUACACCUCACCUCACGGUUUAAAACCGCGAGAGCAGUUUCUGAACCCAUGUCAAGCGUUUUCUGGGUUAGACGUGGUUUUGGAAUGCAUAACGGUAACACUGGGCAUGAGUAUUAAUCCCCACUAGGUGUGAGAUGCUUAGGAAUGAUCAAGUUAACUCAAGUGACAAGAGUUUCCGCAAAGGUUUAACCACACUACUUUCCUAUUAAUGCAUGGAACUUCGAAAAGGUAUUUGAGCCACAUGGGAGGCGUUCCUGCGUCGCUGUGAGCUCAAAAUAGCGAUAUGAAAUUGAGAAACGUUGAGAAGUUGAAAAACGAGGCUGUGAUUCACCAGGCUGGACAUCUAAUCGGAGACCUCGCUCUCCUGCCAGCCUCUGAUACAGAUUUAAUAGUCCGACAGGCAUGGAUAUGGGCAGAUCCGUGAAAUACGACGCUGGGUGCGCGGCGACGCUCGUUGGGUCGAUGGAUUUAUGACUCGCGUACAACCGUCCUCAACUUCAAUUAGCAGAAUCCUCCCUAAGUUCCAUGCUGCAGCUUGAUGGAUAAUCUCGUCCUCAGAUAUUUCCUGCAAGCUAUGAUCACACGGAAAUCGGAUCAUUUAUUUAUAAAGCAGGAGCAUGAUAUUCCUCAGUAUCAUAAUCUGGUUGUUUCUUUUGUUUUGGUUGUGCUUCCUGUAAUUGCAAUAAAUUUCCAAACAAACUUCUACGCUCCUGCUGCUUUUUUUUCCUUUCUUUCUUUCUUUUAAGCUCCUAAAAUCGUGGAGCGCAAAG